AUGCCCGUGAAGCAGUCGCGGUACUUUUUGAACAAGUGGCGCCGCCGGUCUCCCGUAGCCACGUUUUGCUUCAUCCGAGCGGCCAGACGCAAGAGCGUCUCCUCGAGCUCCUGCUCCUGGUCGCCAUUGACUGCGGACGACUCGGGCACGCGCUCGACGGCCAGAUCUUCCCCAGCGUGUGAAACGGGAAGUUGGGCACUUCUUUGUCCGUCGAAAGAGCGUGAUGGGGCUCUCUUCCCGGCUGAUUACGCCUUCGGUCAUGUGGAAGAUAUAGAGGGCUUCGGUAGAGUCGAGGCAGAGGUGGGGGAUCGAGUUUCGUCCGUGCUAGCGUUAGUAGCACCGGGGGAUGUGGUAUCCAUUGACGUCCACCUCAGAGACUUUGAGUCAACGAUAGUAGCCAUGAAGUACGCGGACACUUCAGUCGUCAAGCUUUUGUCGUUGCGACCACGCUAUUCACUGUGGGGGUAUUAUGGAGGUCAUGCCGGUAUAGCUCAAGCUUUCGUGCUCGAGAACGUGUGCAGUCGGGACAUGAAUGGCUGCGGGAACUUGCAUCAGCGACAGGUACACAAGUGA